AUGCUGCAAUUUGCAGCAACAUACUGUUCGAGCUUAUUGCUCGCAAGGAAGCGCCCUACCCAGGGCAGCCCUAUACCUCCACCGCCAGCCAAGAGGCGCGCUCUUGCUGAUAUCACAUAUUACCCCUAUGUCGUUAUUGUUCUACGCCAUUAG